AUGGAAUACUGGAUGAGAUAUAAAAUAUGUAGAACAAAAAUUGAGAUCGCAUGCAGAGAAAACCUGUUAAAGUACACUAAUGAACUGGCUGAUGAUGAACGUGGUCAUGUGAGAUGUGAAUACUUCAUUUCCAAUAAGGACGAUGAGCGCAGUGUAUUCCAGCAGAUACGACAAAACAUUCUUAACUUAGCCAGAGGAAUGAGAACAUGGAACAUGAAAUAUCCGUUAAAAUUCAUUCAACUGGAACAACUACUUCAAGAAAAGAAAAAAGAAUUCCCAAUCAUUUCCUAUCGUGAAAUUAAGGCCAUUUCAACUGAUACACUAAUGCCUUUAAGUGAGGAAGAACUGAUAUUUUUUCUGGAAUUUCACCAUGAACUCCGAUCUUUAGUUUAUUUCGGGGAUCUCCCAGAUGAUAUUAUUUUAGAUACACAAUGGCUGUCUGAUGCUUUUAAAUGUAUUGUUACAGCAGAGAAAUUCCAAGCUAGUACUAAGAAUCAAAGAAAGUGGAAUGAAUUUUAUAAUACAGGGAAAUUGAAUAAUGAGGUGUUAGAAGAUAUAUUUAAAAAAGAGACAACGAUUUUGUACGAUCACAAAGAAUAUAUUCUGAAAGUAAUGGAGAAAUUUGAUAUCAUUAUACGUUCAAACAAAUCAGAGGGUGCCAAAAAAAUGCCUUACUACUAUGUACCUUGUAUGAUUAAAGCAGAACCUGAGAUUGAUAUUCAUGAAAUGUUUAAUGUGACAAAAGAUAAUGGUAAAAGAUCAACUUGGAUGUGUUUCAAAUUUAUAUUUCUACCUCCACAUCUUCAUAAUCAUUUGAUUGCUUCACUUAGCAGGAAAUAUAACAUUGCAGUUAGGGUUGUCCCUGGACAGAAGGAAAGAGAAAUUGCUCUUUUCAAAAGCACUGCUGUCUUUGAGUUACAAGAUGCAACAAAAUGUAGAAAAUUACUUGUAAUGACAUGUCCAAAUGUUAUUCAAAUUCAGAUUUGGGAGUUCGGGAAUGAAAUUAAAAAAGGUUUGUACAAAAACAUUGCUGACUUUGUGACAGAGGAAUUAAACACAAUCAUGCAUAAAAGAUUCAAAAUGUCAAAUGUAAAAUUUGAGAAAACCUGGGAAUGUGGCCUAACUGAGCCAAAGUGUGUCACAGGACCAAACAAGUUCAUGGAAGAGACUAUAACAGAAUAUCAAUGUGAUACAUGUCAAAUUAAACACAUGUUCAUUGACGAAUGGUCAAAUCAACACAAAAAAGCACCAUUGAAACAAAUACAGUUAGAUCCACGUGCAGCAGAUACCAAAUCAGACUUCAGUAAUAUCUUGGAUCAAAUGAUGACAAAGUUAGUGAUAUCAGUAGACGACAGACGUACCAUUGAACAAAAUACUGACCAGGAAAACACCAUGCUAGCUAUCGUGAUCAAAAGGGGAGAGCCUAAUAAAUCUGUUUGUAUUGAUGUUUUAUUGCGAAAUAGUGGGUAUAAAGAUCUAGCACAAAAAUUGAAGUUUGAUUCACCAAGCUCAGUGCCACCAAACACUAAAACAGAACUACCAGAUGUUCCCGCUUAUAAAAUACGUCUACAGAAGAACUACCUAGAAAUAAUCAACACGUUAACACACCACGACAAGUAGAUGUACAACAACAGAGAAAGUGAAAAUACAGAGAAAGUGAAAGUACAGAGAAAAGAUAGACACCUUUUAGUUAAGAAAAAGAACAAGUUGUUUAAAUGAUUUGGGUUUUAGAUAUCCAUCUACGAACAUAACCGUACAGAUUUAUCUACCAACCCUUGAGACAUAAUUCAAUUGAAGUGAAAAGUGCAAUGAAAGAAUAUUUACAAACUGCAGUUGCAUUUGUUAUUAAUGAGUCAGAUAUAGGUUCUUCAUAAAUGUUAAAAGGUUGAUGCAAACUUAUGUGGUUUUUUUUUUUAUAUUUGUACAUUUUGAAAGUCAAUUGACUGUUAACCAUGUUAACCAAUAGAUCAAUGCUUCAUUCUGUUGUUACAAACAUUAUGAUACUGUUCCGUGAGAAUAUGAUUGUUCAGUGCAUUCUAGUGUGGAUACUUGAGUUCGAUUUGUUUUAAUGGCAUGUAGAUUUGUGGAUUAUUUCAUGUAGCUCUACAGUCUUAGUAUGAUUUUCUAGUGAAUUUAUUUUGAUCACAUAACAUUCAGGGGCUAUCAUACCUGUCAAAUGACCCCUUUACUGUUGGUAACUUCUGAUAAUUUUGCCCCUUCCUGGAUUUUUGUUGAAAUUCCCACCUGGCCUUUAAAUAAUCCCUUAAUUCGCAAAAUUACCAUUUUCCGCUCGGAUUCGUGAGCUUUUAAACUGAUAAUUUAAAUAUUUUUUUCAUCAAAAUACCUAAGUUAUAUAUAGAGAGCUAUCUUUAAAAAAGGGAAUUUCCUUAGAAAUAAGAAUAGUAAUAUUGAUAGUAUAACUAUUUGAAUACACUUUACACGACUAAAGCAUGUCAUUCCAUUUACUAUUUUUUAUUUCUUGAUAAUUGUGUGUCUUUGUCAUUAUACUUUUUUACAUUGUUUUGUGAAUAUUUUUGUUAAAUAAUGUAACAUUUUAUUUUAUAUAAAUGCUGAAUAUUUGGAUAGAAAUUAAAAAAAAGGUACUUAAGCUUGUUUAUUGAAAUAAUACAAUGAAUGACUCUAGGAUAGAGGGUACAGUAAGGCUUGAAAUGAUACAGAUAUACACAUCAAUUUUAUCCUAUUUUCACUUAGUACUUCACCAUCAGAACUUAUUUAGGAAAGUGUAAGAUUUGAUUAACAAAUAAAUGUCCCCUUAAUACUUGAAUUCAACUGAAGUUCGUAUGCCUUUUGACUUGAGAUGUGUUUCUUCAAUGCCGGUCAUGAACUGCAUGUAAAUGUCCAAAGAUUGACAGGUAUGAUGAUAUAUACUAGUCAACAAA